UAAAAUUUGUGUGUUUCCAACUUCUUUUUUUUUUUGUGACAAAAAUGUAGCCAUCCAUUUUUGAUACGACGUCUCAAGCAUUAUGCAGGAUGACGAAGCGCUGAGCGAGUAUGAGGCCAAGCGUCUCCAGCGCAUGGAAGAAAACAAGCGGAUGCUAGCGUCACUGAACCUUCCUGCCAUGGCUCACUGCUCGCCGCGUCCUCAAGUGACCAAACCCGCUGGCAAAGUCGAGCCCACGAGGAGAUCCUCUCGCCAGCAGAAGAGGCGCGUUGUCGCCGAGCAGCAAGCGCGAGCGAGGCAACUGGAAGAGCAACGGCAACUCGAGCGGCAAGCAGCGCAGAAACAAGAGCGUGAGGCUCAAAUUGCACUAAAAAGACAGCAAAUUGAGCUCGAGAGGCAACAACAAAAGCUCAAACGAGAGCAACAGAAAGAAGAGGAGAAAAGGAAGAAGCAAAAGAUAAGAGACCAAAAGGCGGAGCAACGUCGACGGCUGAGGAUCCAACAGUUGAAGCAGAUAGAGGACCAAAGACUUAAGGAAUGGAGACAGCAGAUGAGGGAGCAGGAGUUGCAGAGGCGACGAGAACUGGAGCGACUGAACGAGCCUCCGCCAGAAAUCGUCGCUCAGCGAAACGCUGAUGUACAGAAAUUUAUUCAAGAAGAGCUGGACAAACAGGCCCGACUUGCAAAGGAAAAGAAGCAGCGGGAGUCGCAAUUGCAAGUGUUGGCUACUAAGAAGGAAAUGGAGAGAACGAAGCAAGAAGAGCAGCAUCGACAGCAUCCGACGACGGAGGUUAAAGCAGGGAGCAAGCCAGUAAUAACUGCAGAUCAAGUUGUAGCAGCAGGAACGCUGGAACUACCUAUGGAAUUCGAAUUGGUGCUGUAGAUACCAGCCAGCAGCUCGGUGAAGGUUUUUUCGAUGGCAACAUGGAUAGUAUCAACGGCAGUCACAUUUUAUUUUAUGACGUUUCUAUGGUGAUUUUGCAGGUUCAAAUUUCAGUUUUGGAAAGCAGUUUUUGCAUUCUCAGUUUUGCUGAUGCCAUUUGCUUUGCCAUCUCGUACAUUCAUUCUGGAGGACGUCAACGAAGUUUGCCAGUCAGGCGGAUUACGCACCGUGCCAAGUUGUCUUCCUUUUGAAGACAUUUGCCAACUCUCCAGCAAGCUCUCAAGCUUCGCACUUAUGAGUGUCACCGUGCCUACCAAGACUUUACCCAGUGGCGCUGAAAUCCCCGCCAUCGGACGGGUGUAUACAAGGCAGAGCCUGGUGCUGAGGCCUACAACGCAGUGCUAUUGGCGCUCAAGCUUGGCUACCGCCACAUCGACACUGCCCAGUUCUAUCAGAACGAAGCUGACGUGGGUCGUGCUGUCCGUGACUCGGGUGUACCCCGUCGGGAGAGUUUUAUCACGAGUAAACUCUUCACUGACAAUUGGGGGUACAAGAAAGCAUUUGCUGCCACUAUAGCCAGUAACGAACUACUGGGCUUGACGUACUUCGACUUGUAUCUGCUGCACACUCGUGACGAGCUCUUGAGGAUUUGCAACACAAAGGAGUUCUCAAGAACAUUGGCGUGUCGAAUUUUGGUCAAGCUCAUCUGGAAAAACUUCUGAAAGCUGCUAGAGUAAAACCCGCAGUGAACCAGUUGGAGCUACAUCCGUCCGUCGUUGGUGGAAUUUUGCAAGGAACAUAAUAUCCUAUUGCAAGCCUAUUCCCCUUUAGCCAGAACUCGCAAGUUGGUGGACCCAACAGUUCUUUCAGUCGCCCAUGAAGUGGGAGCUACCCCAGCACAGGUGCUGGUGGCAAAUGGCUACAUCACGUUGCCAAAGUCAGCGAAUCCAGAGCGCCAACAAGCGAAUCUUGAGGUUGUGAAUAUCACGCUGACAAUUGAGCAGGUCUCAAGGCUAGCAGCACUUGAUGAAGGCCUUGUGGUAGCGUGGAGAUCCCAAGAUCCGAUCGAGGAUGCGAGGUUUAACAAGUGAAUUGCUGUUGAAUUACGGAGGGUUUUUUUUUUUUACGAGAGCGUGACGCUGGGGUACGGAGAUAUAUAGCUGCAAUCUCCUCGACGACCAAGGCCACCAGCGCCGUCGGAGCUCAGGAAGUACGGGAAGCAAUCACAAAUGCCAGUCGAUCGGUCUAAAACAAAAAGUAUCAAUCAGCAUUACUUUAAUUUUGUAAUCAUGAAAAAAUGAUGACAUACCACAGACACCACGCGCUGAACACUCGAUAUUCGCCUUGGUUCCCUUCACAAGCUCCGCC